CUUCCUCCCCUUCUCCCAAUCGGCCAUGUUUAAUUUGACUCAUUCAUGAAAAGUUAUGUAAACACAACAGUAAAGCCAUGAUCGUGAAGGCGACAUAGUAAGCGAUGCUAGAUUACUGAACAGCACUGUGAUCUUCUGUGUGGAUGCACCGCGUUGUUUGUACAGAGACUGAUCAUUUGCACGAGCAUUAAUCGCCAGCAGUGGGAAUAAAAGAAUAGCGCGUGAACUGCGCGUGAGGCUUCGGCAGGAAAUCAUGAGGAAAAAGCAGAAUGUGAAAAACAGGAAAGCAGAAGAGACAACCAUUGUCCAAGAGUUUGCAGUGGAAAAAAUCAUCCGCAGAAGAGUCAACGAUGGAAAGGUUGAAUACUAUCUAAAGUGGAAAGGCUUUACAGAUACUUCCAUCAGUGCAGAGAAUACCUGGGAGCCAGAGGACAACAUGGAUUGUCCUGAGCUGAUAGAGGAGUUUCUCAGAAACCUAACCGUCUCAGGAGAGACAGAUCAAGAGGGAUGUCAAUCUCUAGACCCUGAGUUCCAGCCCAAGCAAGAGUUAACUGAGCUAGACGCUGAUAUGGCUCACCAGCGGCUUCAGGAAGAACUCAUUGAGAGAGGUAAUGAGGAGGUUGGUGAUCACAGCGCUGAGAUCCCAGCAGGACAACCCAGCCACCCAGAACCUGACUGCAUCAUCGGAUGCACAGACCAACAAGGAGAGAUCAUGUUUCUCAUCAAGUGGAAAAACACAGAUGAGGUAGCUUUACUGUCAGCCAGGGAGGCCAGUAAAAGGUGGCCCCAGAUGGUAAUCCGCUUUUACGAGGACAAGCUGACCUGGCAUGGCGAAGACGAGCAGUGAGAGGGAAAUAUGUAGCAGUGAAUACUACUGUACCUCCUGGCAGCUUUACACAUACACAAACACUGUGGCAUAAGUUUACUGUUUGACAUAGCGUGUUUUCAAAGUGUGUGAAUCCACAGCCCAAUGUGAAGCUCUUCCUAACACACUAACCUGUAGAAAUGUGAGUGGAGUAUUAGAGCGCUACUGUAGUGUACAAGUGGUUUAUUAAUCGAAUGUUGUUGUGUCUGUUGUUUGAAAAGUUCACUUGUGAUGUUCAUUCUUCUGUCCUCUUUGUUACUAUGAUCUGAACUGUGAUUUAACAUGGGAGAUGACGACGGAUGUACAAAACCUGCUCGAGAGGAACCGUUUGUUGUGUAAAUGUACUAUGAACCCCCUGGUUACGCACUUACUCAAGUUAUACUGUGAUGGAUCCCGUGAUCUGUAAGAGCAUAAAGUGUGGCUCAUGCAGGUAUAAAUCCUUAGAUUUGCACAAAACAGAUUCUGGAAUGUAGCCUAUACAAUCACAUUUUUUUGUGAACAUCGACAUACUUGUUGUUGGUCAGCGUCACUUUCAUAGCAGUAGUGUCAUUUGGGUUUCGAGGUUUUGUGUUUAAGACCUUUGUCUGGUAGUUUCACUCUCCUGGCUUCCUGUUUUCUGUAAAGAUCACUGUUAACAUUAAAUCUCGAGUGAGCAAUCUCUAUAGGUGCUUUAAAUAAACACAAAAUUACCUCAGAA